UCUGAGAUAUUUCAAGCAUGUUAAAAUCGGAGAGAAAUGGAGCUUUAGUCUCCUCCUCUUGCAUUACGUCUUUAUUUGAACAAGUAUCCUGUUUCUGUUAGUUUCUUAAAUGGUCUCAGGAGCUUAUUUAUGCCUGAUCCAGACAAAUUUUUAGCAUAUUUGUUGUGGAGAGUUUGUCAGAAUGGCUGGCAGCGAAGAGACCCUUAAGAAAAAAUUGCAAGAUGAAAAUGAAAUGGCAGAAAGCCACGAAACCAGGUUCCGGAAAAGACUUCUCCUUGCUGGAAUUGCGAAUGGUCGAAAUAUCAUUUUGAAUACAUUGCAGCCAAAAGGAAUAAAUAUACUAAGAAGAACGCUGACAGAUAAACAGAACAUCUCAAAAGAAUCACUAACUUCUUCUGAGAAGAUCCAAGAUAAAGGCAAAGAACCCCCAGAGCCUUUAUGGACUACAUUUGCUGAUAGUGUGGUCAAGCUGAGAAUAGAUCACUCAUGUUCACAAACUCCAAUAACAGUUCAUCAGAUGUUCAAAGAGACUGUGGAUAAAUAUGGGCCUCUCAGUGCUAUGGCCAGCAAAAAGAAUGGAAAAUGGGAAAAGAUCACAUUUGCAGAGUAUUACAAUCUUUCCUGGAAAGCAGCCAAAAGCUUUUUGAAGCUUGGUCUUGAACGAUUCCACAGCAUAGCAAUACUUGGAUUUAACUCUCCAGAAUGGUUCGUGUCAGCUGUUGGAGCUAUUUUUGCUGGAGGAAUUGUCACAGGCAUCUAUACAACCAACUCUCCUGAGGCCUGCCACUACAUUGCUUAUGACUGCAAAGCCAAUAUCAUUGUGGUGGAAAAUCAAAAACUGGACAAGAUAAUGCAGAUCUGGAGUCGUCUACCAUACUUAAAAGCAGUUGUGCUAUACAAUGACUCUUUAUCAGAGAGACAUCCCAAUUUAUAUACGAUGGAAGAAUUUAUGGAGUUGGGAAAUGAGAUACCAGAUGCUACACUCAAUGACAUUAUUAGCUCUCAAAAGCCAAAUCAAUGUUGUGUGCUAGUGUACACUUCUGGAACAACUGGGAAGCCAAAAGGAGCCAUGCUGAGUCAUGACAAUAUAACCUGGACAGCAGCACAUGCCAGCAGAGCCGGGGAUAUGCAACCAGCAGAAAUCCAACAGGAGAUUAUAGUCAGUUACCUCCCGCUCAGUCACAUAGCUGCUCAGAUAUAUGACCUCUGGACUGGAAUCAAGUGGGGAGAGCAAGUUUACUUCGCUGAGCCAGAUGCUUUAAAGGGCAGCUUGGUCAAUACACUGAAAGAAGCACAGCCAACAUCUCAUAUGGGAGUUCCACGAGUAUGGGAGAAAAUCAUGGAGAAAUUAAAGGACACGUCUGCUCAGUCGGGAUUUAUGAAAAAGAAAGUGUUAUCAUGGGCCAUGUCCAUUAGCUUAGAGAGGAACCUAAGCUGCUCAGGAAGCAGUGAUUUAAAGCCCUUUCGAACAAGAUUAGCAGACUACUUAGUACAUGCAAAAAUCCGCAGUGCUCUGGGAUUUUCCCACUGUCAGAAGCAUUUCUCUGGUGCUGCUCCUGUCACUACAGAAACUCUGGAUUUCUUCUUGAGUCUGAACAUCCCCUUGUACCAGGCAUAUGGGAUGAGCGAGACUACAGGCCCGCACUGCAUGUCUGGGCCAUAUGUUUACAGACGUCACAGCUGUGGCAAAGCAGUGCCUGGCUGCAAAGUGAAACUGGUGAAUGAGGAUGCAGAUGGCAAUGGAGAAAUUUGUUUCUGGGGAAGAACUGUUUUCAUGGGUUAUUUAAAUAUGGAGGAUAAAACUAAAGAAGCUAUUGAUGAUGAUGGGUGGUUGCAUUCUGGAGACCUAGGAAGACUAGACAAGGACGGCUUCCUCUAUGUUACUGGAAGAAUUAAAGAGUUAAUUAUUACAGCUGGAGGUGAAAAUGUGCCUCCGAUCCCAAUUGAAGAUGAGGUCAAAAAGGAACUGCCCAUUGUUAGCAAUGUUAUGUUGAUUGGAGAUCAAAAGAAGUUCUUAUCAAUGUUGCUGACCUUAAAGAGUACUCUGGACCCAGAUACAUCCGAUCCUACUGACUAUCUGACAGAGCAAGCCAGAGAAUUCUGCCAGAAAAUUGGCAGCAAAGCCACUAAAGUGUCAGAGAUUGUGGCAACAAGAGAUCUGGCUGUUUACCAGGCCAUUCAAGAAGGAAUCAACAGAGUCAACAUGAAGUCCACUGCCAGUGUUCAGCAUAUUCAGAAAUGGACAGUCCUGGAAAGGGAUUUCUCCAUUUCUGGUGGAGAAUUUGGUGAGACCUCUGAAUACUAAUCUAUACUGAGACACUAAGUGAAUACAGGAGGGGUGUGGAGUACUGUAAGAUUGGGAUUUCUAUUUCUCAGGAAUGGUGGAGAUGGGAGUUAUAUAGCUCUUCCAAAACAAGUGACAAUUCUCUGAUAGCAAUUCACACUGUCAGAUUACAGAACAAUGAUAUUGAUACAAUCUUAGGGAUGUCAACCACUCCAGGAUAAAAUCAAUUCAUAUUACAAUUUGAAAUUUAAACCAUGGUUUGUGAAAUAUGGGAGCUUCAUAAGAACCUUAAUAUAACAUACUAGUAAGUUAUCCUUGAUCAAUUUUUUUUUAAUUAAGAAAUUCAAGAAGUCCUACAAUUUUGGUGUCAGAGAAAGAAUCAAAAAUACAAAAAAAAUUAUAUAAUCUAUAUGCCAACCUAUUUAAUAAUUGUUAAUUGUGUCCACAGCUUUUGCUCUUUUUAGAAGAAGGUAAAAUGAAGUCAGUUUAAUCAGAGAAAACAAAAUCUUAUUGUAACCCUUGCUUAAAAAUUAACCAGGAAAUCAAGGUCAUUUGGCAGCCAGGGCCUGUCUUUUGUGGGGAGGGAAAAUUAUGAGCAAUAAUUAAAUAUCUGUUGGUGAAAGAUGUUCUAGUUUCUUGCUUCACCAACUUUAACUUCUAACUAAUGGAAUACAGAAUAUUUAUGUGGACCCCGUAAGUAUUUAAAGAUGUAUUGUGUGCCCGGGAUCCCAGGGGAGCCACACUGAGGUUACUCAAUUCAGGCAAACUGCAAAGAAUGGGGCAGGCAAUCCCCAAAGCUGGUGGAUAUUCCAAUACUUAGAUUUACCAAGUCAGCACAAAACAGCUUCUAUAAUACCUCACUGGUUACCCAGAAGCCAACGAUACAGUUCCCUUAAAGUAACUCAGCCUCCACCCAGACACCCAAGUCAAAUAUGAUGAGAAUUACUGAAAAUCUUAUUCAUCAUAUAAGAAAAUUCUACCAAUUCCAAAAGAUCAGACACAUUACCUCCCAGAUUA